ACACUGGGGAAAUGUAAAAGAGAGAGAGAGAGAGAGAGAGAAAAGGCAGUCAACAUUCCCACAUUUGGGGAAUGGCUCAACCUUACGGGAGAAUCACUUUCCCUCUGCAUGGUCCUUCUGCUCUUAAGUCCAGAAAAAGUGACAUCCAUAGUUUGACGACUACAGAUAAAAAACAUUUACACCUUACUGUCCAGUUCCUUAAACAUUUGAUGUGUAAAUCCAAACAUGCAUGAUUGUCAUUAUUGAAAGGUAAAGCUUAUAAUGCAAUACAAUUACAGUAUUAAAGUAUCAGGAUCAAUAUUUUUUACAUGAAAACUGCAGAGACAACAAAAAACAACAAAACUCAGUAUUUCUGUAUUUAAGUCAGUGUUCCUUUCUUGUGCGUGGUGGUUUAAUGUUUACUUUAAAACAUAAGGUGACAAGCCGUCCCAUAUCAUCAUCUGACACUGUGAUGAUCUCUGUAUGUUUGCUCUGACUUCUUAAUGACUUUUUUCUAUCUAUUUCCAGUGUUAAUGCUCCUUUUAAGCUCUAGAUUCAAUAUUGACAGAGAAAAAAGUGAUCACAUUCUCUUCUUUGUUUGUUUUUCCACAGGAAGUCGCUGGUGUCCUCCACCAUAUGAGAAAACCUGAAAAUCAGAGUAUUUGAUUUUUUUCUGAUCUUAUAGAGGAUGAGAUUAAAUUCGUUGAUGAAAGUCCAUCAAUAGUGCUUUGAAAAAUCAGAGAUUGACAGCUGAAAUGGUGGCAGAGACUACGGAGAACGCUUCAUCACAAAUAGCUAACGGAUCAUGUGGGGGUAUGGAACCCUACAGGGUCCUGGUCGAGGCUGAAAUGAAAGCCAUAGGCGCCAUCUGUUUCCUUGCCGGUCCUAUCACACUGAUGGAAAAUGCCUUCGUGCUGGGAGUGAUCGCUACCACGCUCACCUUGCGACAGCGGCCCUCCUACUUGUUCAUCGGCAGUCUUGCCCUGGCCGAUAUCUUUGCGAGCUGUUUCUUCACCACCAGCUUCCUGGACUUUCAUCUCUUCCAUCGCUGCGACACCCCCACGGGAUACCUCUUCAAAUUAGGUGGAGUCACCAUGGCCUUCAGCAGCUCAGUCGGGAGUUUACUGCUUACUGCUCUGGACCGCUACCUCUGCAUCCACCAGGCCUCCAGCUACAAGGUGCUGCUGACCCGCCCCAGAGCUCUGCUGAGCCUCCUGAUUCUCUGGGGUGCCACCAUCUUUAUUUCCUUCUUGCCUCUGAUGGGCUGGAGGUGUCCCACAGGCCUCACUCCCCCCUGCUCACGUUUGUUCCCCUACAUCAGUAAUGCCUAUCUGGCCUGUUGGACCAGCCUCAUCUUGGUGCUUCUCGUGCUUAUCUUAGGAGCGUAUGCCCUCAUUCUGUUGAAAGCCCAUCGCCACGAAACCUCAAUGACCAGCUUCCAUGGAGCAGCAGGGACAGGGCAGGCCCGCAUGAGAAUGGACAUCCGGCUGGCUCGCACCUUUGGCCUGAUUUUGCUCAUACUGGUGGGAUGUUGGCUUCCUGUACUCUGCUUCAUGCUUGCUGACGUCUCUGUUGUUUUAACAGGUUUUCAACAGAGAGCUUUUGCCUUUUGCAGCACCCUCUGCCUGCUCAACUCUGCAAUCAAUCCACUGCUUUACGCCCUGCGGUGCAGAGAGCUCAGGGUAGCUCUUCUGCAGUCACUACAAAGACUGUGGGAGAUCGGGAGCUGUAAGAAAUCCACUAAGGACCCAAACUUUGCACUAGAUACUACAGAAGACAACUGUGCAACAUUAUCUGACAAGGAGACACCAAGGGUUGAAAUCCCCCAACUUAACUGUAUCUCUGAAAUAGUGGACAAUAAUCCGAAUGUUAGAAAAUGAUUAAUGUGGACCAACGAAACAAAAGAAACAGCAAUACAGAUAAAUAAGCAUUAGUAUUUAUGUCCGUUUUCAUCGAAUGUAUAAUAAGGUAGCAAAUGCAUCAUAAAGACUUUCACAAUCAAUCUUUUUUUUUCAUUAAUAAAAAACAAGCACU